UGUAGCGAAAGGAGGAAACGCAUCACUUGUGUUUUACAUGGGUUAAAAAAUGAGCGCGGCUCUGGCAAAUGGUAUUUUUAUUCAUUCUCUCUCCUUUAUUUCCUCUGUCUAAAACAGAAAGAGCUUCUUCUAUAGAUCUGCCGCUGGCGGAUUCUCCCAGCUGCCCACAUUGCAAUCUGUUGAUAAUUCCACUCGCCCGCCAGACGCAGUUUAUUGUCUUUGGAGAUGGGAAGGUCUUUCGUUGCACAGGGAAUUCUGCGCAUCCUACAGAUGAUGGGAAACGUAGGCGUUUUUCAACACCAGUUGCAUUUACCAAAUUAGAUGGGUACCGCCUCGGGCGCCUCGCGAAGCCCGUUACCUCCGCUCCCGGGCACUCCGCUGACCCGACUGCAGCCUGUUGGAAUGUUGGCCUUGUAGAUGGACAGCGGGGCCGGAGGGCAGAGCAGAGGCGCGUAACGGCUCUUUGGACAACCUCAUCACCAUCCCUGCUCCCCGAACCGCAACUCCACCGAGCCCAUGGACCUGAAGAGGGCGCUGUCGUUCCCCCCAUACCCCGGGGAAUACCUGCACCCUGUGGUGUAUGCCUGUACAGCUGUGCUGCUGCUGUGCCUGCUUGUGUCCAUCAUCACUUACAUAGUGCAUCAUAGCACCAUCCGCAUCAGCAGGAAGGGGUGGCACGUGCUGAUCAACCUCUGCUUCUACACAGCAGUAACCUUCACCGUGUUCGCUGCAGGCAUCAACCGAAUCAAAUACCCCCUCGUCUGUCAGGCAGUGGGCAUAGCUCUCCACUACUCUUCUCUCUCCACCCUGCUGUGGCUGGGGGUCACAGCCAGAAGUCUUUACCAGCUGGUAACCAAGGUAACCAAGAGGCCUCCCCAAGCCCAGGAUGGGGAUCCACCCAGACAUCCAAAGAGCACGCCCACCAUAAUACGCUUUUACGUGGUGAGCGGGGGCCUCCCGCUCAUCGCCUGUGGAGUCACGGCUGGCAUUGAUAUGGACCAUUAUGGCAGCAGAGAGGAGGCACCAUACUGCUGGAUGUCCUGGGAGCCCAGCCUCGGUGCGUUCUAUGGUCCAGCGGCUUUCAUCGUCGUGGUAACCUGCGUGUACUUCCUGUGCAUCUACGUGCACCUGAAGCGGCACCCUGAGCUCAGGUACGAGCUGCGGCCAAUGACGGAGGAGCAGCAGCGGCUGGCCACAGCCGAGAUGGGCCACUGCCAUGCGGGCGACUCGGGCGAGCCGGGCGACACCGCCCACGCAGGCUGCUCCGCCAUCAACCCCUCCAUGCUGGCCAACGAGCACUCCUACAAGGCCCAGCUGCGCACAGCCGCCUUCAGCCUGCUCCUCUUCCUCGCCACCUGGACCUUCGGUGCGCUGGCUGUGUGGCAGGGCCACUUCCUGGACAUGAUCUUCAGCUGCCUGUACGGCGCCUUUUCCGUGACGCUGGGGCUCUUCCUGCUCAUCCAGCACUGCGCCAAGCGCGAUGACGUCUGGCACCGCUGGUGGUCCUGCUGCCCCGCCCGCCGGCAUGCCGACGCCCCGCCCAAGGUGGACGUGAACGGGGACGUGCACACGCACAGCGAGCUGCACUGCCAGGAGGCGCCGCCCUGUCCGAGCAAGGCGCUGCUGACGCCGCACCUCCACCACACCCCGUCCACCCACUGCAAACUCAGCAACCUGCAGGUGCCCCCGAGCCACUCCCCCUGCUGCGCAGCUGUGCGCAGCCAGCAGCUGCUGGAGGACGAGUCCCGCCCCCUCUCCUCUCCCACCCUGCCCCUGCAGAGCUGUCUGAAGGACAGGACUAAACCCCACUCAUACAGCAGGCCCCGCCCCGGCAGGCUUCGGGAGUACGCCUACCACAUGGCCUCCUCCAGCAUGGACAGCAGCGUGCACAGCUUCCACCUGGACAGCCCGCACAGCGCACACGAGGGACACACCUGCCUCGGCGCACACGAGGGACACACCUGCCACAGCGCGCACGAGGGACACACCUGUCUCAGUAUGUUCCAGGGACACACCUGUCACAGUGAGCUUGAGGGACACCUGUGUCACCUGCAUGCGUGCUGUGCCAAACCUGCCACCGUGGCCGGCACCUGCCACGCUGCGGGCUCAGAGCGCACCGCGGUGUUCAGCUGCAGCAAGACGGCAGACGAGGACGCCCACUCCCUCCUGCAGGAGACAUCCAAUCAGAGCAGGACUCUCACCAGCAGCUCGCAGGAUGACUUCCUGUACAGCUCGGACAGCACAGGUAACAUACGGACUGGGCCCUGGAAGAACGAGACCACCGUGUAGCCCCCCCGGACCCCGCUGUGC